AUGAAGUCCCUCCUCACCCUCCUCACCCUCGCCGCCGGCCUCGUCGCCGCCCAAGACCUCUCCGAAAUCCCCGCGUGCGCCCAGCCCUGCAUCGUCGACGCCGUCUCCUCUGCCACCACCUGCUCGCUGUCUGACUAUAAAUGCUGGUGCACGGCAGAAAACGAGCCAGCCAUUGUGCAAGCCGGGACGGCGUGCGUCUUGGCGAAUUGUGGGACGGAUGUUGCUGUUAACGAAGUCCUCCCUGCUGUCGAGACGUUCUGUGAGGAGGUGAAUGCUUCCUAA